AUGGAACCAAUUUUCAUAGCAAUCCUCUCUUUAAUAAUGUUGAUGGUUUACUUCCUAAUCAUAAAGCCCUUAGUUCCUUUACUCCUAUUAAAGCUAUAAUUAGGAGAUAAAGCAAUUUUAAUGUUUUAACCUAUCUUUGGCUUCCUAGGAGUCUUAACAAAAUCAAUAAAAACUAACAACGAUCUUAUGCACACAAUUAAUCAUGCAUUAAGAAAAAAUCCUAAAGCAAAAGUUAUUUUAUCAAAUCAUUUAACCAAACCUUUUAUCAUGCUAGCUGGAUCAGAAUACAUCAAGGAUUCAUUUCUAGACCAUCACGAUUAUGAAAAAAUGAAUCCCUUUAUGAUACCUUCAUUUUUACGAAAAGGUUUAGUGAUGAGUGAAGGGGAAAGCUGGAAAAGAUAAAGAAAGUUCUUAGGUACUGCAUUCACAUUUGAGAAGUUAAAAUCAAGAUUGCCUAUGAUGAACAAAGUUAUCGAAUAGAUAUCAGAAAAAGAUGAUAAAAGUCAUUUAAAUGAUUUUAUGGCUAGAAUAACUGGAGAAGUAGUUAUUAGGAGCUUUUUUGGUGAACUAGUAGAAGGAUUCUAAUUAGAAGGAAAAGAUGCUUAAGUAGCUCUUAUUUAAUUAACAUGA